AUGUUAUUACACCGUCGUUAUAAAUCCUUUGAAACAAAAGGAUUAGAAAUUUGGGUAACUGUGGGAUUACCGUUUUUACCUUGCCCACGUUAUCGAUACCUGGUUUUGCUUAUCAGAAAUCAGUCUAAAUCUGUUAAUCACACAUGUGACCAAAAUAUGACGAGUGCAAAAAAGCAACCAUACGUUAAUCCAAGAAUUAGAGGGAUAUCAGGCGAUGAUGAAAAAGAAGUAUUAAGAAAGCUACAACUGUUGUGUCGAUACGAUAGUGGGAAACGGUUACAAACAAAUGGAAGAAAGCAGCUUGGAAGGCACUACAAGAACUGA